AUGGGGGAAGGAGGGGGAGAUGGGGGAGGAGGGGGAGAUGGGGGAGGAGGGGGAGAUGGGGGGAGGAGGGGGGGUGGUUUAAAACGCAGGAGAGGCUGUGGAUGGCUCGUGGAUCCGAACACCACCCUCCCCCCUCUUCUCCCCUCUUCUCCCCUGAGCGGGACGGGCUGGGGUGGGGGAGAGGUGGGGGAGGUGGGGGAGAGGUGGGGGAGGUGGGGGAGAGGUGGGGGAGGUGGGGGGGAGGUGGGGGAGAGGUGGGGGGUGUGCUGA